GGCACUCGCGCGCACGUCGCGUAUCGAUCCGCAUUACGCUCGCAGUAAAUCAAUAAAGUUUAUAAUAAAUCACUAUUAUUAAAAGAAAAAAGUGUGCAAAUAAAAUUUUUGAAAAAUGGAUACCGAUAAAAAAAGUGAGGAGGUCACAGUUGAUGAUAUCCUAUCGAUUUUGGGACCGUUCGGAAAGUUUAAUAUUUAUAAUUUCAUUUUAAUAUUGUUUCCUGUAUUCCUAGCUGGGAUGUAUUCGUCUGUAUACAAUUUUGAAAGCAUGGACUUGGAUUAUAGGUGUGCUGUCCCGGAGUGUGGUGAUGAUCCGUCAUCUAUCAACUUCACUAUACCCCACGACACCGACGGGACUCCAUACAAGUGCAUUCGGUAUGCGACAUUCACCAACGCCAGUUACACGAACGACACUUGCUCACCGGAACACUUCGACUCGUCCAACGAGAUCCUAUGCGACUCGUAUGUCUAUUUCGAGGAUCACUCUAUUGUUAAAGAGUUCAACCUCGCCUGUCAAGACUGGAAGCGUUCUUUGGUAGGCACCGUUCACAAUGCAGGCUUCUUUGUGGCAAUCCCAUUGGCUGGAUUGCUAUCGGACAAAUAUGGCCGACGACUCGCCAUAGUAUUCGCUGCUGUUACAUCUGGAAUCUUCGGUGUGAUUAGAGCGCUCGCAGUUAAUUAUGAGAUGUUCGUUGUAUUUGAAUUCUUGGAGCCGGCUUUUGGUGGUGGAGUGUAUACUGCUAGUUUUGUUCUAGCAUUGGAGUUGGUCGGACCAAAGGGCAGAGUGUUCGUCAGUUUGCUAUUCAACACCAUGUUCAUACUAGGUGGCGUGACUGUCACCCUCUUAUAUUGGUGGCUGCAAAACUGGAGAUAUCUCUUAUUCAUAAUCUACACUCCAUCUGUAUUUGUCAUCAUUUACAUGUGGACUCUAACAGAGAGUUUCCGUUGGUUCUUCAGCAAGGGGAGAUAUGAAGAGGCACUCAAUGUGCUAAGUAAAUCAGAGAAGAUAAACAAUGCGUACAUUUCAAAGGAUCAUUACGAUCAAGUCGAGAAACAAGCCACAAAACAGAGAGACGCUAGGAAAUGCGAGUCAUUGGAAAGCAAUCAGUCUUCAUUCAAACAAGUCCUUACAUCAUUGAUGAUAUGGAAGAGACUGUUCAUAUGUUCCUUCUUGUGGAUAUCAUCUACUCUAGUAUAUUAUGGACUAUCUAUAAACGCUAUAGAACUAUCUGGUAAUAGUUAUGUAAAUUACAUAGUGAUAAUAAUAAUAGAGGCACCAGCAAACGUAUGCAAACUGAUAUUUUUGGAUAGAUACGGCAGAAAGCGAGUUAUUGCGAUAGCGUAUUUCUUGGCUGCAGUGAUUUUAGUCACCUAUGGAUUUGUGCCAGCUGGCACGUGGUCGUUAAUCGUCUAUUUGGGCGGGAAGUUCUUCAUAACCUUAGCUUACAAUUCACUGUACGUGUUCGCCGCUGAGGUCUUCCCAACGAACUACAGAACUACACUGCUGGCUAUAUGUUCUACGAUUGGAAGGACAGGAUCUACUGUCGCUCCACAAACUCCUCUACUGGCGCGAUACUACGACAACCUGCCGACCAUACUGUUCGGCGUGAUGGCGGGCCUGUCGUCCUUCCUUGUUCUCACUCUACCCGAAACAAACAAUAUGAAACUACCGGACUCAUUAAAAGAAGCCCAAGAUCAAGACAGAGCACCACGAGAUAGUGAAGAUAAAACGACUGUAACUAAAACUAGCCUAUAAUAGAUUAAAAUUAUAAAUAUUAUAAUAAAAUGUACUGGAAGAGUUUGCUCAGUAAAAAUGGAGCCGCUAAGAAAGAUAGUAGGCGAAAUUAUAUCUAUUCUAAUUAUACCACUUUCAACCAAAGACUUUUCAGCAGUUUCUAAAUGGUUUCAUAGUUAAAGAGCUUCUACUAUGUAUUCAUAUACUAGCUGUAUCCCUGUGUCUUCACGUGCGUGGAUCAAUACAUAAAGUAUCCUAUGUGCUGAGGAUAUAAUCUACGCGUAUACCAAAUUUCAUUCUAAGCCGUCCAGUAAUUUUUGUGAGAAAGAGUCACAAACAUUUAUCCAUUCAUCUAUCCCUCCAUGAAUACAAAUAUUCAUAUUUAUAAUAUAAAUGGGAUAUAUUAGAAUAACUUUUUGAAAGUUUUGAAUUGAAGGUAUGAAUAAAAAAGUAGUGAAUUGGAUAUGAAGGCAUACGUAAUACCUUAGUCUUUAAAAAUAGUACGCAUAGGGUUGAUUCUGAGGUACCAUUCCCUAAACUUAACACCAAAAUGACAAUUUUAAUUAAAAGACAGUAUAACAAAAUCAUUAUGAUAUCGACCAUAGAGAAUUAAAACAGUUCAGAUGCAACUCUACUAAAAUAAUUUAUACUAGUCUUUAAAUUUAUCAUUUCUCUGUCAUUUCGAAUUACAAUUUUUAUUUUAAGAAUAGAAAAUGUGCUUUAAUGUCGAUUCUAGUGUAUGCUAUUCUUGUCUAUAGACAUACAUACAAACACACAUUUACCUCACGCCUAGACAAGGACUAGUAAUUCCCAUUAAAUAGGCUGUGAGCUCGUUGCUAUUCGUAGUAAUUUUCGUAGAUUUUUUUACAAAUAUUACGAUAUCAGGGCCUGUGUACAGAGUAUUUAAAUAGGGAUAGAUCUCUUUGGAUAACACAAAAUAAAUAUCCGAAGGUCAACAAUUCAUUAUAAAAAAUUAGAAGUGUGUUAAUAAAAUCUACAUUAAAAACGCCUACUACUGGAUAGUUUUAAAUAAGUUUAUUAUUAUUAUUAUUGCAUAUAAACCAGUUUCUUUAUACGCAAUAGUAUACCUUAUAAUAUUUUCAAUGAAACAGGGUCUUAUUUUAUUGUAUUAUUUAAGGAUAUUUCAUAAAUAAUAGAACUCAAUUUUACUGGGCAAUAUCUUGUAAGUACUUAUAGAAAAUUAUUUUCUUUACUUCAGUAUGAAAAUAAUAAAUAGAUAAUAAGAAACAGUGUUGUGAUAAAUUUAAUACAUUUAUUAAAAGAGUUAGUUUGUAGGUUUGUUAGAAUUAUAGAAUUGUGUUGAAUAAUGUUAGUAUAAAUGUGAAUUAAUAGAUACAAAACAAUCAGGUGACUGUAGUUGACUGUCCCUCGUAUUCCUAAGACAUUUAUAAAAACUAUUUUUUAAAACAUAUGUUCAUUUCAUAUUCUUAUUUUCUCUUGAUUUUAUGGAAUUUGUAAUUUAUCUUUAUAAGUAGAAAUACUUAGAUAUAUCUCUGGUAAUAUGGUAGUUGGUAUGAUGAAAACGAUCAGGGGGUCUACCAUGAAAUGAAAUUCCGAAUUUUCGGACUCAAUUUCGUGUUUUUGUUCAUAUCGAAAUCGUCCCUGUAAAUGAAGGUUAACAUUUCGUUUGUCAUAAAUCCUACCAUAAAAGUCCAAAGGAACGAUUCUUUAGCAUUUUUAAUAUUUUUAAACGGUAUGUAUUAUGUAAUUUGAACAUCAAAUUUGUGUUUCGUUCAGAUCCGAAAUUUCGGAAAACAUUUCAUGUUAGGCCCUCAGGUGUUC